AGAGAGAGAGAAGGGAAGGAACAGGGAGAUAGACAGAGAGAUGAGAGCAGUCUCUAUCUUGGUUGCGAUCAGCCAUGCUGUGAAUUAAUGUGACAGAGGAGCGGAACAACAAGGAUAUUUCAGUCCUUCAGAUAUGGAAUACACAAUCCUUUGCACGGGAACAGCUACAUCUCUGCUUAUUUUUUGCUGACGACAUCAACUUGAAAAUAUCAAGAGAUUUUUUUUCUGAGUGUCAUUCUGGACCCUGUUGACACAGCACAAAGGACACUGAAGAGAUUUGGGGAUUUGUGUGGGGGUCAAAAAGGGGGAAACUUGAAAGAAAAGACUGACAGAUAUGACCAGCAAACCAAUCUGAGUUAAAACUGCCUGAAAAACAUAGACUAAAUUUAAAAGAAAAACAGGUUUUCUUUCUCUUUCUGUUCUGAUAUAGAGUGUUUCUUUAGCCAUAGCAUGUCUAUUUAUUCUGCAGAUUGCCCAGAGUGACUAUUGUCCUUAGAAAUUAGAGAUAUUUGAGUUAAAAAAAAAAAAAUCUCAGGUUCAGUCAUGCACCUCGGGUCAGUCCACCCUGACAUCCUGCUCCUCCUGGGCAUGCUCCUGUUGUGGGGACCUUUGGGAUCCAGGGGCCAGAAUGACACAGAGCCCAUCAUCCUCGAGGGGAAAUGUUUGGUAGUGUGUGACUCCACGCCUUCGUCCGAGCCUGCCGGAAACGCCCUGGGCAUGUCGGUGCGCUCUGGCUCGGGUCGGGUGGCCUUCUCCGCCAGCCGCCAGACUAACCACGAGCCGACAGACAUGAGCAACCGCACCAUGAUCAUCUACUUUGAUAAUAUUUUGGUUAACGUGGGCACUCAUUUUGACCAAGAAAGUAGUGUGUUCCUGGCACCAAGGAGGGGGGUGUACAGCUUCAACUUCCAUGUGGUGAAGGCCUACAAUAGACAAACUAUUCAGGUUAGCCUGAUGGUGAACGGCUGGCCAAUGAUUUCAGCUUUCGCUGGGGACCAGGACGUGACCAGAGAAGCCGCCACCAAUGCCGGCCUGGUGAUUAUGGAGAAGGGCGACAAGGCCUACCUCAGACUGGAGAGAGGCAACCUGAUGGGAGGCUGGAAGUACUCCACAUUCUCAGGCUUCCUGGUUUUCCCCUUGUGAGAAAGAUAGAGGGUUGAAGCGCUGCAAAGUGAGAAUGAUUAAGAGAAAAAAGGGGAAGAGGUGGUGGGGAAAAAGAAAGGCUUCAAUCUGUAACCUUAUAUAGUGCAUGAAAAGAUGGCUUUUAUGCAAAAAUGAGAUGAUUGUUCAAAUGGACCAAAAAGAAAAUGAGAGUAGACGUCAAACAAUUUCUCUGAGGAAUUCAUUUGCUCUGUUUUGUUUUGGGUGUUUUUUAAUGUCUAAAUGCUUGUUAUAGGAGAUACUUUGUGGCAAAAUUCUAAAGUAGCCAUUUAAAACGUGGGCUUCUGUGCUAGAGUACCUAAAAGCUUCUGUUCUUAAGUGUUUCAACACUGCUGUGCUCCACAUGCCAUCCUGUCAAUGUUUGAAAAAAUCUCUUUAUUCUUGUGUGCUGUAUGACUGGUGUUCCCCUAUAUGCCUGUUAGUAUAAUGCAACAAAUGUUUAUUUACAAAGAAAUUUCUAUCAAAGACCAAAUAAAAUAGUCUAAAUCUGG